AUGCCCGCUCAACAUACCUCGGCCCAGUCCAAUGGCGCGUCGCGUCGCCGCAAGGAACCGCCCAACAGCCAUCUCGGUCAUGUUCGCAAGGCCAGCAUCGCCCAUGCAAACAAACGUCGCAAGUCCCGCUCGCUGUGGCGACGCGCGACGAAGCGCGCGAUCCAGCAUACGUGGCUGAUUCCAUUGAUUCUCAUCCUGGCCUUCGUGUCGCUGUAUGCGAUCAAUCCGACCGAAGACAACAUCGUCCACCACUUCCUCUUCCUCUCCUACGAACAACCUCCUGCGGUACCGGGCGGCCCGGUGCAAUAUGGCAAGGGCCUGUACGAUAUCGCCUUUGUCAUAUUCUACUCCAUCGUCCUCUCAUUUACUCGCGAAUUCAUCAUGCAAGAGCUCUUGGGCCCGCUGUCCCGCUCCUGUGGAAUCAAGUCGAAGCGCAAGCAGGCUCGGUUCAUGGAGCAGAUGUACACAGCCAUCUACUUUGGCAUCAUGGGCCCGGCGGGACUGUACGUGAUGCGUCAAUCGCCGGUGUGGUAUUUCAACACUGCGGGCAUUUUUUACUAUCUGUUUGAAGCGGCGUAUUGGGCCCAACAAGCCCUGGUGAUGAUUCUGGGUCAAGAAGAACGUCGGAAGGAUUUCAAGGAACUUGUUGCCCACCAUAUCGUGACGCUCAGCUUAAUCGCCCUGAGCUACCGAUUCCACUUCACCUAUAUCGGGGUCGCCAUUUACACCACCCAUGACCUGAGUGACUUCUUCUUAGCGCUGUCCAAAUCGUUGCACUACCUCGACUCCGAGUUGUUGGUUCCCUUCUACGCCUUCUCUGUCAUCUCGUGGAUCUACCUGCGCCACUACUUGAAUCUGCACGUUCUCUGGUCGAUCCUCACCGAGUUCAAGACCGUCGGUCCUUUCGAGCUCAAUUGGGAGACUCAGCAGUACAAGUGUUGGAUCUCGCAGGUUAUUACGUUUUCCCUGCUCGCCAUGCUCCAGAGCCUCAAUCUCUUCUGGUUGUACUGCCUCCUGCGUAGUGCUCUGAAGGCGCUCCUCACUGGAGAGAAGAAGGACGACCGCUCGGACGAUUCCGAGCCCGAGAUGACCGUCAACGAUGCUCCCGGCAAGGAAGUUGGAAAACCCUGA